AUGGAAGCGCAGCUCGGAGAAUUGAGCGCGGCGCUUGAAGCCGCGACGCAGAGCGCGGCGCAGGUCCCUGGCCGCACGGAUUUGGAUUUUUACUGCUCGAUCGAUGCUGGUCUGCAGCAGUCGCUCGCUCGCGUCCGCGAGCAGCUGCAAGCAACAAUGGUCUCGAUGCAUGCGUGGCUCAACGACGAGACGCAUGCUGACAAUGACGAGUUGAUUACAAGCAUGACCAUGCCAGCAUCGUUCUCGAGUGCUAUUGGCGAUCAGGUAGACCAGCUGCUGGAGCGCGCAGACAUAUACAUGGACGAAUUUGUGGGGCGGCGCAACGUGCACGAAACGGCGAAGCCCGACCCUGCGCCGAGCGACGCACUUCCUGCCAGCGGCCCUCUUCCUCCCCAUAUUCUGAAUGCGCAGAUCCCCAAGCCACAGCGCCUCUUCACGACACAGCCUGACAACCGCGCCGAGCAGGUGUGGAAACGCCCACUGCGCUUCGGCAAACCGCACGCGCUCGUGCCCCAAGGCUAUGUGGAUCCUGCGUGGAAUGUCCGGCCGGACGCGGUGAUUGCAGGCAUGUACGGUACAGAGGCCGAUGCGCGCCUGAAUCCGUAUCAUGUCGAGAUCCACCGCACGCCCGUGCCGAAAGCGGCGUUUGCCGAGCCAGUGCCUGUGCAGCCAGCGCCGCUGGACGUGUCGGACCCCAGCAAGUCGACAAAAGCAUGCACGUUCCAGUGGGUCGAUUCUGCAGACAAGUUGAACACGCUUCUCUCCCACCUACAAGAGCCACGCGUGCAAGAAAUUGCCGUCGACUUGGAGCACCAUAGCAAACACUCCUACUUGGGCCUCGUCUCGCUCAUGCAAAUCAGCACGCGGUGGGGCGAUUGGAUUGUCGAUACCCUGGUAGACGACAUCCGCGAAAAUGCCGAGCAGCUCAACGCAGUGUUUACUGACCCAGCCAAGAUCCUUGUCCUCCACGGCGCUGACCAUGACAUUUUAUGGCUGCAACGCGACCUGGGUGUGUACGUGACAAACUUGUUCGAUACGUAUCAUGCCACCAACGUGCUCAACUUUUCUGUUCACUCGCUCGCCUACCUCCUUGCUCGCUACAUUGAGUUCGACGCGGACAAGCGAUUCCAGCUCGCCGACUGGCGCAUCCGCCCAUUGCCGCGCGAGAUGCUAUUUUACGCACGCAGUGACACACAUUCGCUCUUGUACGUCUACGAUCGUCUCCGUCAGGAGCUGCUUGCCCAGGGCGGUGAGCAAGCGAUUGCCGAGGUGUUUGUAAGGAGCCGCGCUACUGCGUCCAAAGCGUAUGCCAAAGAGCCGUGGGAUGAGGACGGCAACGCCCGCGGCGGAUGGCGUACAUUGUGGCUCCGGCACGGCGGCGAUCUUGCGCUAGCCUCGCCGGAGAAGAAGGCUAUAGAGGCUAUGGGCAAGGAGGAGCGUCUCGCACGCCGCCUGCACCGAUGGCGGGAUCAGGUUGCGCGGGCGGAGGACGAAGGCGCACAGUAUAUCCUGUCUGCGUCGAACCUGUUGCAUAUUGUCUUCCGCAUGCCGUGCACGGCAGAAGAAGUGAAGCGUACCGUGCCACCGACGGCGCAGGCUGUGCGUGCGCGCAGUGCAGAGCUUGCCAAGGUGAUCCAGGACGAGGUACGCGCUUGGGAAGAUGCUACGCGGAGGCGGCAGGACCAGGGUGCGGCACAGCUUGACGAGCUUGUGCAGGAAGAGGCGGAUGAUUGCGGUGAAGCCGUCGUAAUGCCGACACCCGCAACAGGCCGCGUGCAAGGCCACCAAGGCGCACAGAUCCAAGCGCAGCUGUGGGAGACUCGGCCAGUGCAAGCAGAGCACCAUGCGCCGCAACUUUUCAACGGAAUGCUCACGGCAGACCCGCAUGGGAGGAUUUCAGAGGCACAUGUGCGCGCCAGCGCGCCGAAACGUACGUCUUUGUUUGAGACGCCUGCAUACAUGCAGGCGUCUGUGGGAACGUCGAGUACACUUGCGAGAAUCCGGGGUGAAUGUGUUGGUAUGCUUGAAAGGUUGGUUGGCGGGCGUGCAGAAGACGGGGGAAGAGUGGAAGAGGGGCAGAUGGGAGCCAACGUGGGUGCAGGUUUCGAGGCAAGCGAGCGUACCAGCACCGGCGCAGACCUCGAGGCAAACGAGCGUGCCAAUGUUGGUGCCUACACGCAAACAUCUACUAAUACUGCCCCUCCCACACCCGAUCCAAUCGUUCAAGUAAGCAAGAAGCGAUGGUCCAAAGACAAGAAACGCAAAUGCAAAGAACCCACCGAGCUCACUCCCAGCCUCGAGCCCUUCGACUACAGCAAUGCGACCUCUGUCCUAGAGACAGCUCGCCGCGAAGAGGGCCUGGGCCUGCUUGGCACGCAAGACGCCUCGAAACGCAAAUCCAAGCACCAAGAUACCAAGAAGAGCAAGUCGGCAAAGCGCAAGAGCGAUGUGCGCAGCGGAAACCGCGGGAAGACGUUCGUUUAG